GCCGCACGUGCGCUCGCCGCUACUUUGCGCCUCCGUCGUGACCGCUCACGGGAGUUGUUCCUCCUUGGCUCGCGUCGUAUUGUCCGCUUGUCGCGUGGUGACUCGCUCGACAGCCCAAAUGUGUCGUACUGCGUGAGAGGUCGGCUGCGUUGUGCGAGCACGAGUGCGCCAUGCCGCCGACGUUGACAGAGAAUCACCUUUGCCGCGCGAGGACGGCGCUGUCCUAGGUGAGAGAAUGCGGCGCUUGAAGAGACCCGCCAAGUCCUGAUGCCGCCGCGAGAGACAAACGUGAUUGAAGAUGAUAAUGUGAAGUGUUAUACGUAAUAGUGCGCGAGUGCGAGAGAACGAUGAGGCGACGAGAACGCUCGAGCAGGUGAGUGAGAGAGGGAGAGAGAGAGAGAGAGAGAGAGAGAGAGAGGGACACGAGGUUUAGACGAGCGAAGCAGGGAGGACGAUGGCACUGUCGGCAGCGGUCAUUUUGUUGAGGCUCAGCGUGGCAGCCAUGUUGUUGUCGUGCAUCUGGUGCCAGAAGCCCCUGAUCACCGGCGGCGCCAAACGCCACGACGUCUACAUCGCGGGCCUCUUCCCGUACGCUCAUCAUGUGCCCGAGAGCAGCGUCGGCCGUGGCGUCAUGCCGUCCGUCAAGCUCGCCAUCGACCACAUCAACGAGAACCUCAGCAUACUCAGGAAUUACCGACUGCACAUGUGGUGGAACGACACGCAGUGCAACGCGGCAGUGGGAAUGAAGGCCUUCUUCGACAUGAUGCACAGCGGACCCCACAAGCUCAUGCUCUUUGGCUCGGCGUGCACCCUCGUCACCGAUCCCAUCGCCAAGGCGUCCAAGCACUGGCGACUCACGCAGCUGAGCUACGCGGACACGCACCCGAUGUUCACGAGCGAGAGCUUCCCCAACUUCUUCAGGAUCGUACCGUCGGAGAACGCCUUCAACGCGCCACGAGUCAGCCUGCUGAGGGAAUUCAACUGGACGCGCGUCGGGACCAUCUACCAGAACGAGCCCAGAUACGCACUGGCUCACAAUAGGCUGGUGUCGGACCUCGAUCUGAACGACAUCGAGGUGGUGGAGAGCCAGAGCUUCGCGACCGAGGUGACCAGCGCACUGGAGAAGCUCAAAGACAAGGACGUGCGAAUAAUCCUGGGCAACUUCGACGAGCUGUGGGCGCGCGAGAUCUUCUGCCAGGCUUACAAGCUGAACAUGUACGGGCGCAAGUACCAGUGGGUGAUAAUGGGCAUGUACACGUACGAGUGGUGGCUCAAGGCGGACGUGCAGUGCGCGCCGGCCGAGCUGGCCGAGGCGCUCCACGGCACCAUACUCACGGAUCUGCUGCCGCUGUCGACCCAGCAGCAGAUCACCGUUUCAGGCAUCACCCCGGACGAGUACCUGAAGGAGUACGACAAUCGGCGCGGCUUGGAGUACUCUCGGUUCCAUGGCUACGCCUACGACGGCAUCUGGACGGUGGCCCUGGCGAUCCAACACGUGGCACGGAGGAUUCGGCACUUCCGUCGCAACCAGACCAUCACCGACUUCCGGUACCGAGACGAGCUGUGGGAGCGGCUGUUCCUCGAGGCGCUGCGCAACACCAGCUUUGAAGGAGUCACUGGUCCAGUGCGUUUCUACGAUAACGAAAGAAAGGCAUACAUAAUGCUAAAGCAAUUCCAGGGUGGCAGCGAGGUGAAGGUGGGCGAGUACGACGCGGUGAACAGCGAGCUGGACCUGUCGCCGAGCAGCGGGCAGCCGCUGGUCUGGCGCGGCAAGUCGCCGCCCAAGGACAGGACGCUGCGCAUCAUCGAGCACUCGACCGUCAACAUUACCAUCUACGCGGUCCUCGCCUCGGCGUCCAGCUGCGGCAUCGUCAUGUCCGUCAUCUUCCUCGCCAUCAACAUCAAGUACAGAAAUCAGAGAUACAUAAAGAUGUCGUCGCCGCACCUGAACAACCUGAUAAUAAUCGGCUGCAUGCUGACCUACAGCAGCGUGAUAUUCCUGGGCUUGGACUCGACGCUCGCCUCGGUCAAUUCCUUCGCCUACAUCUGUACCGCGCGGGCUUGGCUGCUGAUGGCCGGCUUCUCGCUCGCCUUCGGCGCCAUGUUCUCCAAGACCUGGCGCGUGCACUCCAUCUUCACCGACGUCAAGCUCAACAAGAAGGUCAUAAAGGACUAUCAACUAUUUAUGGUCGUCGGCGUGCUGCUGUUUAUCGAUCUGGCGAUAAUGACGACUUGGCAGGUCGCCGAUCCUUUCUACCGGGAGACCAAGGAAAUGGAACCCUAUCCACAUCCAUCCAGUGAGGACAUAAUAAUCCUGCCGCAGAACGAGUAUUGCCAGAGCAACAGGAUGACGGUGUACUUGGGCAGCAUAUACGCCUACAAAGGUCUAUUAAUGAUAUUCGGCGCCUUCCUCGCCUGGGAGACGAGGCACGUGAGCAUACCGGCGCUGAACGACAGCAAGUACGUGGGGAUGUCGGUGUACAACGUGGUGAUAAUGUGCGUGACCGGGGCGGCCAUCAGCUUCGUGCUGGCCGACAAACAGGACGCCAUGUUCAUAAUGCUCGCGGUCUUCAUCAUAUUCUGCAGCACCGCCACGCUCUGCCUCGUUUUCGUGCCCAAGAUCAUCGAGCUGAAGAGAAAUCCCCAGGGACAGAUCGACAAGAGAUUCCGGCCGACGCUGAGGCCGAUGCCGAAGACGCGACGUGGCUCGAGCAUCAGCGAGCUCGAGGAGCGAAUGAAGGACGUGACGACUGCCAAUCAAAAAUUUAGAAAGCUCCUCCACGAGAAGGAGUCCGAGCUGCAGAUGUAUUUAAGGAGACUCGGCGACGACGGCUUGGCGGAUACUCAGGCCGCGAUGGAUAGGCUUACCGUGCCCAGACGGGAGACCACUAUCAAAAGAGAAGAACCCACUGUCCAGCGGCAAAGCACUCAAAACUUGAAAGGUCCGUCCAUCACCACGGAAACGACUGACAUCUCCAUGUCCAUGAACAGCUUGAGCUCGGCGGCGAAUGUCUCUCAACUCGAGGGCGAUUACGUCAACGUGAGCUCGUUAGAUCAACAGGUUGCCAAGAAGAAGACGACGUUCUCGACGAGCAUCGUGACCACCACGGACGGCGGCGUGGAUCGGGCGACGCACGCGGCCACGGCGCCGACCGGCGGCGCGCUCCCGUCGGCGCUCAAGCACUCGACCUCGGAGGACCGUCGCCGUCGCGUGGCGGCGGCGGCGGUCGAGCACGUGGAGGAGUCGCACUCGGACGAGGAGCCGGUGACGGCUCGAGAGGUGUGCAGUGGCCACCGGGGCUCGCGCGGUCGCCUGCCGACGCCGCCACCGCCGAAGAACGUCAGCUUCGGCGAGCUCAACGAGAAGGACUACCUCGAGCAACAGACGAUCAUCACCAGCGUGCAGUACAUACCCAAGCACAGGCACACCGGGCCGACGGGCACGCCGGCGCACCAGUCCUCGCUGAAGCGCCGCUCGUCGUCGGCGAAGGCGACCGAGCUCGGCUACUCGCAGCACGAGCUGCCCGAGAAGCGGCGCACGUCGGUGCCGUCGGCCAACUCUAUCAGCUAUAUAUCGACGGAGGACGUGGCGACGCGCGCCGAGGAGUCGCUGGGCGGCGGCUUCGUCAUCGGCGAGUGUGGGCACAGGCGGGCGCUGACCGGCGCCACCACGGGAUUCCGCUGCGAGAAGCACGGCGGCGGCGGCGGCGGCGGCGGCGGCAAGACCAGCCACGCGAUGCUCAACGGCGGCGGCGACGUGUCCAGGCGACAUCGCGCGCAUUACGACUCGCACAACGCCAGCUCGCCAAGUGUGCCGGCUGUCGUCAGCGCCAGCUACUCGGACAAUGGCAAGCACGAGGAGUCGAUGAUCCAACGCUCGGUGUCGGAGCGCUCGCGCGACAAACCGGCGUCAGGCACGGCCGGCAAGUCGGCGACGCGCCACACGCACCCGGCCUCGGAGUGCCCGCACCGCCGGCGCUCGUGCCACCGCCACAUGGAGUCGCGGUUGCGCCAGCAGUCCCAGUCUUACGCCCAGAGCACGCCGGACGUGGCGUCCAAGUUCCGCGCCCGCGGCAGCGGCGCUGGGGCCGCCGGCCACGGCGUCGGCGGCGGCUCCAGCUCCUCGCAGAUGCAGAGCGCCGUGUCCAUCGGCGAGCUGCUCGACGUCAACAUACUGCCGAUCUUUCAGAAACUGCUCACCGAGAGGCACAAAGGCACCGCGAGCCGCUACGGAGCCAGCAUCGCCAGCUGUCCCAACCUCUCCAUCAAGUGCGACAUCGUCGAAUACCUUUAGCUCUUCGCGUCGAUGAUGCGUGUCUAACAAACUUAGACGAUUGCACCCUGCCCCCCCUUCCACCCCCACAACCUUCUUUACCUUUACGAUGGCCACGCUCUCUGAAUUGUAUGAAAAAACAAAAAAAUAAAAAAACAAAAAAAACACGCACUGUGGCAGUUGCGUAUACGUACAGUCUUCGAUCCGUAGCAAUCGUAUUUUCGCGGCGCGAUCGCGUUGGGUCUCUUUGACGACGACGAACCAACAUUUUCGAAAGGUUCGCAAGCACGCGCAGGCAGUAGCAUCAACGUCGACCGCGUCGCAAACUAAUCGAAAGUAAUCGUGCACACGACGAUAUGCUUAACUGCCCCAUUAUUUGAUGAACGUUUGGUAACGAGAGCGAAACUACAGCUGCGGACGCGGCGCGCGUCGGAUGUACGCCCGGCAGAACGCUUCGAAAAUGCUUUCGCCGUCAGGAUUAGAGUCAAUUUAGUGUACAGAAUAAUCUUCAGCGAAGGCGAACGACUAUCCCUUCUGUUUUUCUAUAACGAAAUUGUAAUGAGAUACCAAAUCACCGAGAAAGACAGAGAGAGAGAGAGAGAGAGAGAGAGAGAGAGAGAGAGAGAAAGAGAGAGAACUAGAACAAACACAGCGUCUGUACGUUUAGAAGAAUUUUGUAUGAUAAUUCGGAGUAGUAGUAGCUCGAUCGACGAGGGAGUAAAAAACGACGAGUGCGCGCGCGUC